UCUGCCAGCACCGUUGCCAGUAGCUCGCUUGGCCGCCGGAGGGUCCCGGUCAGCGCGAAGCUGCUCGUCGAGGGAGACCCGAGAGUGCUUUGCCCGGGCCUGGCAGUCCCAGUGCCGCCGCGAUGCGUCUCCUGCGGUGUUUGAUGAAGGGCCAGUCGGCGCUGGCCGGGGCUCCCAAGUACAUCGAACACUUUAGCAAGUUCUCGCCGUCGCCGCUUUCCAUGAAGCAGUUCCUCGACUUCGGAUCCAGCAAUGCCUGUGAGAAAACCUCAUUCACUUUCCUCCGCCAAGAACUUCCUGUACGUCUGGCCAACAUCAUGAAGGAAAUCAACCUUCUUCCAGACCGCGUACUGAGCACCCCUUCUGUUCAGCUGGUGCAGAGUUGGUAUGUGCAGAGCUUGCUGGACAUCAUGGUGUUCCUGGAUAAGGACCCUGAGGACCAAGGAACAUUGGGACAGUUCACAAAUGCCCUAGUCACGAUCCGUAACCGGCACAACGAUGUGGUCCCCACCAUGGCACAGGGCGUGAUCGAGUACAAGGAGGCUUAUGGGGACGACCCCGUCUCCAACCAGAACAUCCAGUACUUCCUAGACCGCUUCUACCUGAGCCGCAUCUCCAUCCGUAUGCUGAUUAACCAGCACACCUUGAUUUUUGACGGCAGCACCAACCCAGCCCACCCCAAGCACAUUGGCAGCAUCGAUCCCAACUGCAACGUCUCGGAUGUGGUCAGAGAUGCUUACGACAUGGCCAAGCUCCUGUGUGAUAAAUACUACUUGGCUUCUCCCGAACUGGAGAUCCAGGAGGUGAAUGUCACUGGAACAGGACCUCACUCAUGGCUUACCAACCACCCUGGCCAGUCCAUCCACAUGGUCUACGUCCCAUCUCACCUGUACCACAUGCUCUUUGAGCUGUUCAAGAAUGCCAUGAGGGCCACCGUAGAAAGUCACGAGUCCAGCCCCACUUUCCCACCCAUUAAGGUGAUGGUGUCAUUGGGGCAAGAGGAUCUCUCCAUCAGGAUGAGUGACCGUGGAGGUGGGGUUCCUCUACGCAAGAUUGAGCGACUCUUCAGCUAUAUGUAUUCCACAGCACCCAAACCGGAGCUGGGCACUGGUGGGACUCCCCUGGCUGGUUUCGGCUAUGGACUGCCUAUUUCCAGGCUCUAUGCUAAGUAUUUCCAAGGUGAUCUUCAGCUCUUCUCCAUGGAAGGGUUUGGGACAGAUGCUGUCAUCUAUUUGAAGGCCUUGUCAACGGACUCCGUGGAGCGGCUUCCAGUGUACAACAAGUCGGCUUGGCGCCACUACCAAACCAUCCAGGAAGCCGACGACUGGUGUGUGCCCAGUACGGAACCCAAGAACACCUCCACUUACCGGGUGACCUAAGCCAAGCUUUUGUUUGCAUAGAAGGAAAGGUGUCUGCCUAGCCUCAGAGAUGAAGAUGCCAAACUUUGGUGAAGGAAGAGAGACAAAUUGAUCAUCACCAGCAGAAACCCACCUCAUGUUGCGAACCUCUUGGCUGGCCUGGUCAAUUCAUCAGGCAAUCCGGCGCCCACUAACUCUCUCAUACUUGUUUUCAGACGUAUGUAGCAUAGAUCUCUCUUUCACUGUGUUGCCACAGCAUGGAACUUCUCCUCCCUGCUCCACCCUCAAUAUUGCCCUCUGGUCUAGCACCUUGGAAUUGGCCUUCCGAGAGUCUGGUUUUUAUCACAUUCGAUGUUUCUCAAGCCACAUUUAUUAUUCUUGGACUGUAAAAUGGAAGGAAUUCAAAGAGCUUAAAGUGCUGUGCGUUCAGCUUUGGAGAGAACCGAAGAGAUCUGCAGAAGAGAAUGAUGGCAGAGCUGCUGUGUGUGGGCAGGUGAUGUUAAUUUCCAAACAUGGAGAGGAUGGCCCAUGCUGAGGGAGAUGGGAAUGACAGAGCCAGAGAUACUGACUGUAAUGAGAAGAAAAGUUGGAGAAAAGCAAGGGGACUGGAUUCCUUCUCAAUGCAAGCACCAGGAGGGGGAAAGUGGUGCAUGGACGCUCUUGCUUUAGGUUCUGUACCUUUUCCACCACACAUAUGAAUCUCCAACUUGGGCAAGUCAACAUGGAAAUUGGCCAUUGGAACAGUGGGGGAAGUUGGGCGUCCAAACGAGGGCCAAAUGUUCAGUGUGCUGUGGAAUCUAUGCCAGCAUUGAAGGCCUUCAAAAUUUCUUUCCACACCCUUUGGUCAUUCCCUGCUCCUUUCGAUUUGUCCGCCAUGUGCCCAAAUGGCUCUGUCAAUCGGCGCUGGACCAUUCCCCGCGCGGCCUAUCUUGGCGUGCAAAUCCCCCGCUUCCCUUUGUGGGGAAGAAAUUACACGCCCCGUUCUCCAUGAGCAAAAAAGUCUCGGUGAAUGGGGUGAACAGUUUGGGUCAGCCCUGUGAAGAUGAAAUCUCCUUUUGGCCAUUGCAGGUGCCAUGCGCAUCUAGUGGCGCAGUGACACAUUCUCAUCGGAGAACAUGAUAGUAGAAAAGAGCAUAAAGCAAGACUGGGCCUUGUUCAUCAGGGUAUUUGGCGGGGAAGGGGAGAGAGAUGGGAGUAUUUAAGGCUUUCUCCUUGUCCUUCAACUGCAACAGAGCAAGUGGGAUAUGCAUCUAGAGGAGACGCUGUUUACCUCCUUGACCAGCUGCUUCCAGGGCAUAGAAGAGAUUGGCAAAAGGAGCUGUUUGCAGUACCGGCACAUGGUGUCCACUGGGGGAGGAGCUAAGACUGCAGACCCUCUUCCCUCCCUUCUUCUCAUACUCCCCCUCCAGUAGCUCCUGCUAGGAUAUCACAUUUCUGGUCUUUGUUCAGAGCAAUUUGGGUACAUGGUCAAAGUUUGAUUAGAGAGGGGAGUGACUGCAGAUUGCCUCCUGUCUUUCUCUUCCCCAUUCUUCUAAGCAGGAGUCAUCCAUGCCCCCAGAUUCUUCCAGCCUCACCUGCAUACCUUUCUCCCUUCCUUUUUGACUCUCUAAGCCAUUGCCAGCCAGCCUCCCAUUCUUCCCUUGGCCCCUCUUGCAUGGCAUGCUCUUGAAUUGGCUGGAAGUGUCCAUGUAUAAAUAUAUAUAUUUUUAUUCUCUGGGUGGAACCACAGUCAUGGUUUAAGACACAAAAGCUGCCAUAGUAUUUGUUGUUCACUGAUGAAUUAAAUAGCAUAUGGGAAGAACCAUUAAAUGUUAAACCUUA